UGGGAAGGGAUUUCAUUUGUUUUAAGACGGGUGACAAUAUUUAUGUGGGUGGUGAAAAAUGUUUAUCAGUCACGCGCGCGCAAACACACGUAUAAGCAAUUAGUAUCCAAAACCCAGUAAUAACAUAGUAGUAGGAGGUAGUAAUAGUACCAUCAGACAACACAAAGAAGUGUGAUUUUUGGGAAAAACUGGGGAAUGAUUUUUUUUGAAAGGGGGGGGUUGGGGGUGAGUCGAUGAUGAAUAUGAUGAUAAUAACUCCCCUUCUUCUUCUUCUUCUUCCUCUGUUUCAUGGCGGCACCUCCUCCUCCUCCUCCACUCCCUGUGUCCCUUUCUUCCUAUAAGUCUUCCUAAGUCUAACGAAUCAAUCCCUGAAUUUCCCAAUCCCAGGUAGCUCAGUUAAUUACUUAUCCCAAUCAAUAUCCAGUAUCAUCAUCUCCGUCUCUCCCUCUUUUAAUUCCAAUCUCUUUCCCAAUAUCUGCAGCCCCCUACAAAGUCUUUCUAGUUACUACUAGCAUAUUUUUUUAUUUUUUAUUUUUUGGAUAGAAUUAAUUCCCAAUUUUGAUACACCACCACAACUGUCCCUCCCCUCCUUUUUUUUUUUUUUUGGUACCACACACAAUUAUAUAUACAACAAGUAUAUAGCGAUGGCCUUCCCCAACGGUUUAUCCCAAGAUAUGGCUUUGCAACCGCAUUUCUCCGACCACCACCAGUCAUUGCCGGAGCCCGACGACUCCUCUUCCGUCCUCAUUCCUCCCUCUUCCUCCUCUUCUGAUCAUCAUCAUGUGAAUUCUCCCCCUCCUCAACAACACUCCUCCCCACCUACCUGGCUUAACAGCGCCAUUCUCCGUCACCCCUCCACCACCACCCCCACCACCGCCGCCGCCGACGCUAACUUCCUCAAUUUGCACUCCAACCCCUCCCCCGCCGACAACUCCUCCUCCGCCACUCAUCAGUGGCUUUCCCGGUCCAUUUUCACCAGGAACCCAGCUCCCCCAGAGGAUGCCCACCAGCUCUCCUCUAACGAUGACUCCGUCCUAGCUGCCGCCGCCGCCGCCGCCGACGAUUUCAACCACAGUGCCACCGUCACAAAUACCGAAGAAUUGUCUUCCGAGGUCGGCCAAGUGCCGCCGGCUGCUGGCGGAGGAGGAGCUGCUUUCAAUUGGCAGAGUGCACGGUGGAAAGCCGAGGUUCUGGGACACCCUCUGUACGAACAGUUGUUAUCUGCACACGUGGCCUGCCUCAGAAUUGCUACCCCGGUGGAUCAGCUUCCCAGAAUCGAUGCUCAGCUGGCUCAAUCCCACCACCUUGUCGCCAAAUACUCUGCUCUCGCCGGAGGACAACCCCAGCCCAUUCAUUUAGGUGACCACAAAGAGCUUGACCAAUUCAUGACACAUUAUGUGCUGUUGCUGUGUUCAUUCAAGGAUCAACUGCAACAACAUGUGAGAGUUCAUGCAAUGGAAGCAGUCAUGGCUUGCUGGGAAAUUGAACAAUCCUUGCAAUCUUUAACAGGCGUUUCCCCGGGAGAAGGGACGGGGGCAACAAUGUCCGAUGAUGAUGACGAUCAGGCGGACAGUGAUGGGAACUUGUUUGAUGGAAGUAUGGAUGGCCCCGAUAGCAUGGGUUUCGGACCUUUGGUGCCAACAGAGAGCGAGAGGUCAUUGAUGGAGAGGGUGAGACAAGAACUGAAACACGAACUAAAGCAGGGUUAUAAGGAAAAAAUUGUGGAUAUUAGGGAGGAGAUUUUGAGAAAAAGGAGGGCUGGAAAACUCCCUGGCGAUACCACUUCCGUCUUAAAAGCUUGGUGGCAAUCCCAUUCAAAGUGGCCAUACCCUACGGAAGAAGACAAGGCAAGAUUGGUUCAGGAAACAGGGUUGCAACUAAAGCAGAUAAAUAAUUGGUUCAUCAACCAGAGAAAGAGGAACUGGCACAGUAAUCCUUCAUCUUCCACUACCUUGAAGAGCAAACGUAAAAGGUACAAAGUAGUAUGCAAAUUAAAGUAGUUUUAACUUUUGAGUGUUUGAUUCCUCAAACAUAUUGGGAUGAAUCUAUGUGAAAUACAGAUGAAAAGAGCUAGCUGCGAUCAUCACAUUUAAGUAAAAUGGACGACGUAAUCAAGAGAGGCUUGAAGUUGCUUGCAGUCUGGCGAAAUUAUUGGUAAUAAGAAUACUGUACAGGUAACUGUGCUGAAACUGAAAGUAUUGGAACAGCGAACACCAAUAAUGUGAGGAGAUGACAAAUUACCAGCAAUCGAGGCUUAUAUAUAUUUAUAUAUACUUGCUAUGUAGAUGACCAAAAAGCAAGACAUGUAAUGACUCAUGGACUGAUCGUCAUGUGUGAACAGAACUGAACAUCCUUGGCAGUUGGCACUAUACAUCAUUUGAAGCUUUUCCAAUUUGUGAUAAUGUGUUGCAUACGGCACAGGGUUUAUACACUUGAAUAACUAGAGCAAAUCCUCUCUCGCUGGCAGAGACAGGGCCAUAAUUUGGAGAUUCAGUCUUCAAGGUAGCACUCCAGAUCUGUAUUCUUAUUAUAUUAUUAUUUAUUUGAAAACCUGAUUUAUUUGUACCCCAGACUGAAAAUUUUCACAUCACUGUUGUAUAUUGUCUGUCUUAAGGAAUUUAUCAUGUAAUAUAGAACCAAACCAUAUUGCAGAAUGUCAAUGUGCAAUAAUGAAUGUAUGUGCAUGGAUGGUGGCAUUGCCAGUUUAGAUAUUUGAGUAUUACAUGUAUAGAGAGACAUUUAUUAAGAAGUCUUAUUUUGUACCAAAUACAGAACUCUUUUUCUCGAAUUAAACUUGGAACCAGAAAACAUUGCAGAAACAGAUGCUGCGGCCUACCUGGAAAUACAUAAAGUCGGUAUGGAGAACGUUUCACUUGGCACUUCUUUUAUUACAGAGGUAAGACGUACUAACACAACUUACUCAGUAAUGAGAUUGUAAAAAGUGUCUGAAAAAUGCAGAAUGAUCAGCUGUUGUCCAAAAAAACCCGCAUAAACCAACGCCUUUCGUACAAACAAAACACAGCCACAUCAAAAUCAGCACAAUUCAACCAAGACUUGGCGUCGAGUGGGGGAAACCACCAGGGCGGGGGAUACAUCCUCAUACUGGUCAUAUUCAUAGCUUCUUCUCACAAUAUCCGGUGGUGCCAUCCUUGUGGGUGUUAACAAGUUGAUAUUCCUCCUUCCAGCAGCAGUGGAUGAUGACAUGUCUGCAGCGUCAAUGGCUAUGCUAGUAUGGAGCUUGCGAGGGGUUUUUGGUAGGUCAAGGCUCCUCAUUUCCUCCAACUUAUUAUCCCAUGGUUGCAGUGUAGGGGGAUGCUCCUGGUCAACAUGGUGGUCUUCCUCCUCCAAGCUCUUUCUCACCUCAGCAACGGCGGCAGCCUGGGAGGAGGAGGUUACUCCGAGCUGACUAGCUGGCCUAACCAUAAUAGGUGAGUUCCGGAUGGUGGUAGAGCAGGGUGGUAUCAAGGUGAUGGGGUUCCUCCUGGAACCGGGAGGGGACAAAGGUAGGCGUGACGCAAAGCUCCUGACAGGGAAGUCAUGAUCAUAGUGGUCAGAACUAGGGUCGUCAUUGUCUUGGAAAUUAAGGGAGUAGCUGAGGGGAUCAUAGCUGAAAUCGGCUGAUGAAUGCCGCCUGUGCCGACCCAUUCGAGACAUCAAAUUCUUGCACCUGCGAAAACCAAAUUAAAAUUUACAGAGGGUUCAUUCAUCGAUCUCAUUAAUGUUAACUAAGACACAUGCGAAUUUCCAAAGGGUAAGGUACAGAAACACAAAAACAGGAGUGAGUAUUCAACUUGGGAAGGGAAUACAUAUGUGGUUACGUACCUCCCUUUGAGGGAAGAAGGUGAGAGGCGGUGGUUGGAGGGGCUGGGCAUGACGGAGGAUGAGGCGGCAUCAAAGGAGUCAGCCCGUUGGUGGUAACCGGGAUUGAAGCAACAAGACAGGCAUACGGAGGGCUUCUUCCGCCUUGCCCUCAAAGAUAAUGACUCGUAUUCCUCCAUCAUCAUUCUUAUUUCCGGAUUAUACGUAGAUGAUCUGAAAGCCCGACCGGCCCCUUAAUUGGGUUGAUUGAUAAUAAUUAUCAGCCUGAUUACCCCAAAACACAAGCAAGCAAGGAAGCAAGGUGGCCUGCAGGUGUAUAAUAAUUGUUAAAAAAACAAACUACAACGGAAAACAAAAUGGUUGAUCGAGCUAGCUAGCUAGCUGUUCUCCCAUAUAUAUACAUAUAUAGAAAGCAAGAAAGAAAGAAGAAGAAGAAGAAGGAGGAGGAGGUGGGGCGUUUUCCUUGAAUUUAGUUUCAACUUUACAGAGUACGUAAAUGUUAACCAAUGCAAUGAAUGAAAGCGAAUUUCGG